AUGGGCUGCGAGUUUCUUAACUCAUCGGAUCUGAAUCGCAGAUAUCCAUUUUUUUCAAAAAACUCAACCUACAAGGGAAUUUUCCAUCCGAACUCAGGCUAUAUCAAUGUAACUGUAUUAAUGCAAGCACUACAAAAUUUAACUAUUGGAUACAAUAUCACGAUUCGCACCCAGGAAGCUUUUCUUGAACUUGAUCCAUCUGUAUCAGAGACAGAAAAUCAUGUUCGCAUAUUCACUAAUCGUGGCUCUUUGAAUGCUUCCAAGGUAGUGUUUGCUGCAGGACCCUUUUCUCGAAGUAUUUCGGAAAAUCUCGGUUUUUUUUUGAAUAUGAUACUAUGGGAAUUGCCAACAAUGUAUUUUGCACUGAAACCUGGUAACGUAACUAUUCCGACAUGGUCUACAUUCGGAGGUGAUAAACAAUCGUUGUACUAUGGAUUCCCGUCACCUUCUAGUGAUCGACCGGGAUACGUCAAAAUUUCACCUGAUUUCAUUCAAGAUUUUUCAAACCCUCUGUUAUAUCCAGGUGACAGAAAGAAUGUCACUGACCCUUGGCUUAUCAAACGAACGACUGACUGGGUAACAAAUAAUAUACCGUCUGUUGAUUCUUCUUCAUAUGAACUUAAAAAUUUUUCUUGUUUGGCUAGUUUCCUACCUGACGAUGGCUUCAUCAUCAGUUAUCUACCAAAAGAAAUACGUUAUCAUGACAAAUUGCUCAUGUAUGCUGGAGGAUGGGGAAUGAAGUUCGUUCCAUUAUGGGCUGAUAUUCUGGGUGAUCUAGUUCUCAAUCCUAACUCGACUAAAUAUGCGUCUUAUCUGCCAGACUUAUCAUUCGAUAUCGCUAAUCGAUGGAGUCCUAUCAAUAUUCUUACACCUCCGGUAAACGAAACCAUUUCCAUAAUGGCCAACAAGCAAUAUGUUCUUAUGUUUAUCAUUCUUCAUGCUUUCGUAAAAAACUUUCAUUAA